AUGGGUGAUUAUGGCCCUUCAGCUACUAGUACCCGCUCCACAGACCAACCUUCGCUUGUGACUCCUCCCGAGAUCUCCGUGCUGGUAACGGGCUUUGGCCCCUUCAAAACGAACCUUGUCAAUGCUUCUUACUUGAUCGCCAAAUCGCUCCCCGAUUCAUUUACCUUUGCCCCCCCUGGCUCUGCAGACCGUCGUAUCGUUGUGCAUGUCCACCCGGACCCAAUACCCGUGGCAUAUUCGUCCGUCCGUGAAGCAUUACCCAUAAUACUGUCUGAUUACGCUGCAGCCAAUCAAGGCCGUCGACCAGAUCUAGUGAUCCAUAUUGGCAUCGCGUCGCCAAGACUAUAUUACUCGAUCGAGUACCUAGCCCAUCGGGAUGAUUACAAUAUAACUGACAUCAAUGGCCGCUCGGGCUACGAAGACGGAGAGAAAAGAUGGAAGGAGCUGGGGCUGCCCCCCAUUCUAAGUCCCGGCAGAGCUUUUGCUGCCACUAAGGACCAGAAAGAACUUCGGGCCUUAGAGGGCUCUAAGCACGGUGGCUCGUAUCCGCCCAAUGCCCACUUCUUAGAUACGUGGAAGGCCAAUGCGUCGGCAGGUCUGGAUCUGCGCAUAUCUCAUGAUGCUGGUCAUUAUCUCUGUGACUUUAUAUAUUAUACUAGUAUGGCCUUGGCCACCCAGCAGGGCCAAGACCGCAACAUUCUGUUUUUCCAUGUCCCCGGUGCAUCUGAGGAUGCGGAUAUCAAGCGUGGACGAGAGAUCACCUUGGCUCUGAUUAAGGCAAUGGUUACCUGCUGGGUUGAUGAGACGCAAUCUGCGUAA